AUGGGUAACAUGGAGAGGAUGAUGCAACAAAUAGCAGCUGCCGUCAUGCCAUCAUCACACACCGAAGAUGUUGAGCAAGCAAGUGUUAUGUACCAAAAUCAAAAAACGCAGAGGUAUGAUCCGUACUCCAACACAUACAAUCCAGGUUGGCGUGAUCAUCCCAAUUUCAGCUACGCCAACAAGCAAGCUGCAGCAAAUCCUACUUUCAAUCAACAAGGAGGGUACCAAUUCAUGCAAAGACCACAACAAGAAACUCAAGGUACAAGUGUGGAUGACAAGUUUACUCUUAUGAUGCAAAGUAUGCAAGAGAUUUCAGAGACAAUGCAAGGGUUCAAUCAAUUCCAGCAGAAAUCCGAGAUGGCUAUGAGAGAGGUGCAAAACCAAGUUAGUCAAUUGGCUAAUGAUAUGAAUCAACUCAAGGCACAAGGAUCUGGAAAACUUCCUUCGCAACCACUAAAUCAUAAGGAGAAUGCCAAUGCUAUUGAGCUACGAAGUGGGAAACAAGUAGAGAAACCGACAUCAUCACUGGUGUCCAAUGAACAUGAUUUGGAGAAAGAGGAUGGUGAACCAGCCCCUAAAAAGGCUGACCCAGUAACAAAUUCUAACUCUGAAACUCGUGUUUCUACUUAUGCUACUCCUCCUCCUUUUCCUAGAAGGUUUGCAAAGUCGAACAAGGAGACAUUGUACCAAGAGAUUUGGGAGAUCUUUAAGAAGAUUGAAGUGAACAUUCCACUCAUUGAGGCGAUAAGGCAGGUUCCUCGCCAUGCAAAGUUCUUGAAGGAAUUGUGCAUUAACAAGCACAAAUUGACCGGUAAUGAGGUAAUGAGUGCGGGGGAGAAUUCUUCGGCAUAUCUUCAAAAGAAGCUCCCACCUAAGUUGAAAGAUCCCAGUAGUUUCACCAUACCAUGUACUAUUGGUAAAAUCAGUUUUGAACGUGCUUUGCUAGAUUUAGGAGCAUCCAUAAAUGUUAUGCCUGCUUCCAUUUAUGAAUCCUUGAAACUUGGUCCUCUUAAGAAUACCGGUAUUGUUAUACAACUUGCUGAUAGGUCUAAUACUUACCCUAAAGGGGUUAUUGAAGAUGUUUUGGUGCAGGUUAAUCAACUCAUAUUUCCGGCGGAUUUCUAUGUUCUUGACAUGAUGGAUGAAGAUUCACCAUCGUCUACUCCCUUGCUGUUGGGUAUACCUUUCAUGCGAACCGCAAGAACAAAGAUAGAAGUUUUCAAAGGCGCCUUAACUAUGGAAUUUGAUGAUGAGAUCAUAAGUUUCAAUAUCUUUGAGGCUAUGAGAUAUCCUAGUGAUGUGCAUUCAUGUUUUUCUAUUGAUAUUAUUGAUUCUCUAUCUCAACAGAUUUUUGAAUUGAAUGAUGAUGAUGCUUUAGAAAACACCAUAGUGGAAGGUUUAGGUUAUGGAAAAUACAAAGACCUUGAAACUGAAUUGUCUAUUUGUGAUGAACAUAAAGAGGCUAUUUUAGCUCUUAACUCAUUACAAGAAGUUCCACAAAAGUAUAAUACAUUUUAUGUUUCCUUGCCGAUUACUAAUGAGAAACUUUUACCAUCGAUCGUGCAGACACCUAUUCUUGAGCUGAAACCUCUUCCGGAUCACCUCAAGUACAUAUAUUUAGGCGAUAAGGAAGAGUUGUCGGUGAUCAUUGCCAAAGACCUUACCAAGGUGCAAGAGGAGAAACUUGUUCGAGUGCUAAGAGAGUACAAGUCUGCCAUUGGGUGA